UCGUGGCACCAGUCAUGUCUUAAGGCCCGCACUCCAAGUCGAGCAGAAUGAGUCGCGGAUGGGUGUUCUACGCAUGGAUUGUGGUGGUGGUCUUCUGGCCUGGUGCAGUCAGCGGUCAGGGGACGCCACUGAUAGACUCCGUGUGCCAGGCGGUGCAGCGGCAGCAGCUCCAGUGCCAAGUGCAUCGCGUGGAGACCGCCGAUGGCUACCGGCUGAGUCUGCACCGCAUUCCCGCGCCCCAGAACCGUCGGUGUCCGCAGCACCAGCGCCCCUUCCUCCUGAUGCACGGCCUCCUGGGAUCCGCUGGGGAUUUCGUGUCGGCCGGAAGGGGCAGAUCCCUGGCGCUGGAGCUGCAUGCUCGCUGCUUUGACGUGUGGCUGGGAAACGCCAGGGGCACCACCCAUUCCCGCGGGCAUCGCACGCUGCAGACAAGUGACGCCCGGUUCUGGCAGUUCAGCUGGCACGAGAUUGGCAUCUACGACCUGCCCGCCAUCGUGGACUACGUGCUGGCUCUAACAAAUCGCCGCCAGCUGCACUACGUCGGCCACUCGCAGGGCACCACCGUGCUCCUGGUCCUGCUCUCCCAGCGGCCGGAGUACAAUGCGCGCUUCGCCAAUGCCGCUCUGCUGGCCCCAGUCGCAUUCCUCCAGCACCUGAGCAGUCCGCCGCUGCGGCUGCUGGCCAGCGACAGCUCCAUGGUCACGCUGCUGCUGAACAAACUGGGCCUCCACGAGCUGCUCCCGGCGACGGCGCUGACCCAGGUGGGCGGCCAGUUCUUCUGCACCGCCUCCCGGCCCACCUACGCCCUCUGCACCCUCUUCACCUCCCUCUACGUGGGCUUCAGCGACUAUCCAUUGGAUCGUGUGAGUACGAUUAUAUAUGCGGGCCAUAAUUUAGCCAACAAAGCGCCCGAAACUUUUUUCCUCUCGUAUGCAAAAGUUUUUAUUGCACUCUGGAGUGGGACCAGCACACCCAUCUCCCCUUCCCCUUCCCCCCUCAAGGCCACCUCCCCCCACCCGCAAAACCUUCCGGAAACAGACAAACAUACGUACUAUCGAGGGCCGAAUGCGAAAAACGGAUGGGGGGAGGCCUUAGUUUCGGUAAUAAAAGUUAUUUGAAUUUAAAUGCGUAAACGAGCUGCUCCUGCCGGCCAGAGCUUCCUGGCUGCCAGCCGGAGCAGCACCAUUGUGGAUGUGGAUGUGGAUGUGAAUGUGGAUUUAAAGGGGAUUAGGAAGGGGUGAUAAAUGCCCAACCGAGCGGGUUAAUUGGUGCCAGCGUACGAAUGGUCAGUUUGCAGGAAUCAAAGUAACCUGUAUUCACAU